AUGUACAUGCAUGCGUUCACUACCUACGGGCAAUUCGAAAUGGAGAUGACAAGCCGGAGCAGCAUGAUGCUGAAGCCGUUUUACCCCACGCCGCACCCUCUCGCCGGCGAGAUGGUCCCACUGACGCUCUUCGACCGCGCCACCUUCGACAUCUUCAUUCCCAUCAUUCUCGCGUACCCCGCGCCAGCUCCGUCCAACGAGGCGCUCAAGGAGGGCCUGCGCCGGGCCGUCGCUCUGUACCCUCACCUGGCAGGACGCCUGGCCGUCGACCACCGGGGCAGGCGUUGCCUCCACAUCAACGACGAGGGCGUACUUGUCGUAGAGGCCGCCGUCCCCGUCGAUCUGUCGAGCGUUUUGGCCAACGGCAGCGUCGUCGCCAACUCCGAGGGUCUGUACCCUCCGCGGCCGCUACCGGAGGAGCACUUCGACGUGGCGCUGCUCCAGAUCAAGCUAAACCGGUACAAGUGCGGCGGCCUAGCCAUCGGCCUUUCCUCCCACCACCACGCCGCCGACGGCCACUCCAUGAGCACCUUCCUCACCACCUGGGCGACCGCGGUUCGCCAGGGCUUCGACUUCACCGCGCCGUCCGCUUUCCUCAACCGCGGGAUCACCGCCGUACCACGGAGCGUGCCCGCGCCAGUGUUCGACCACCGGUGCACCGAGUUCAAGGGAGAAGAUCCGGCCGCCCCCUUGUUCAAGUUCAAGAAUAUCACGGUGCACUUCACCGCCGAGUUCAUCGCCGAGCUCAAUGCCCUCGUAGGCGCCCGCUGCAGCACGUUCCAGUGCCUGCUCGCUCACCUGUGGAAGAGGACCACGGCGGCACGCGGCCUCGCGCCCGAGGAGUUCACGCAGGUGAGGGUGGCCGUGAACUGCAGGGGCAGGGCCGACCCUCCCAUGCCCAUGGACUUCUUUGGCAACAUGGUGCUCUGGGCGUUCCCGAGGCUCCAGGUCCGGGACGUCCUUGGCUGGAGCUACGGCGGCGUGGUCGGCGCCAUUCGCGACGCCGUGGCACGCAUCAACGGCGAGUACAUCCGGUCGUUCGUGGACUUCGGGGCCGUAGCUGACGCGCACGGGGAGGAGCUCACGGGCACAGCCGGCAUGAUGUCCUGCCCGAACAUGGAGGUGGACAGCUGGCUGGGGUUCAGCUUCCACCAAGUUGACUUCGGCGGCGGGCCACCCGCCGCGUUCCAGCCGCCCGAUUUGCCGGUCGAGGGGCUGAUGGUCUUCGUGCCCUCGUGCGUGGCCAAGGGCGGCGUCGACGUCUACAUGACCGUAGCACAUGAUCACGUCACGGCAUUCCAGCUGACCUGUCACUCCUUGGAUUGA